CGAAGAUAAUUGUGAUAACGACUGUGUUCCGUAUACUGGAAUUUCCCCUUGUACUCUCCUACUCCUCUACUCCACCAUGUCUGAAUCACGACUAUACUCCUUCUCGCCCGAGACGAAAGAGAAGCUGCGCAAGUUCCGCCUCGGGACGUCGCGGGCCAAAGAUCCCCAAGCCAUAAUCUAUAUCAUUGAUGGAAAGAACCAGGAGAUUCGCCCUGCGGAUGGCGAGGUGUACACCAAGAUGGAGGAUGUGGCCGAUGAACUGCCCGAGUCGAGUCCACGGUUCAUUCUUCUAAGUCACCCUCUGACACUCGCCUCCGGCCGCCUGUCCGUCCCCUACGUCCUUCUCUACUAUCUUCCCGAGAACUGCAACCCGUCGAUGCGGAUGAUGUACGCCGGGGCGGUCGAGCUGAUGCGUAGCACGGCCGAAGUCAAUCGGGUCAUUGAGGUGGAGAGCGAGGAGGAUGUCAUUUCGAUUGAGAAGAGGCUGCACGGGUCGGAGUGAUUGAUCCAUCAUUGCGAGGGGUUUGAGUUGGGUCUAGUAUAUAUUGAAUCCAUGGCUGUGUUGGUCCGCUGAUAUCCUUUUUUCACAUAUAUUUAUCA